AUUACAGAUUACCCUUCCCCUUCCAAAGCCCCGAAGGAGUUCCGCUUUGAAUCCCACGUUGAAUUGUAACUUUGAGGGUGAAUAUGGAGAUGGAUGCGGAAGAAGUGGAACAUAAAGAAGUGCCAAAAUGUGAAUGUGUGGUUGUUUGCAAGAAAGAUUUGGUAGGUUGUGGAUGCAGUGAAUUGGAAGAGAGAAGUAAGAAAGCUGAAGCGAGGUGCGUUGAGUUGGAAUUGGAUAUUCAAAGGAAGAAGAGUGAGUAUGAAGUUCUCGAGACCAAAUUUAAGGCAUUGGAAGUUGACAAGCUUGAAAUUGAGGACGAACUUAAGGUAUUGAAGAGGGAGAAUGAUGAACUCAAAAAGUGUGUUAGUGGCGUUGAAGGUGAAGGGAAGGUUAGUAGUGGAAGAGAGAGGCAUAUGGAGAGGAUCGUCGAUUUGACGGAGGAGAAUGGGGAGGAAGAUAAUAUUGUUCAACUUUUGAUUGAGAACAAGGUUUUGCAAUGUGAAAAGAAGAGAGCCGAGAGUGAGGUUGAGGUUUGGAAGGAAAAGUUCAAGGAGUUGUCGUCGCGGGAUUUAGUGUUAAAUGAGGAUUCACUUUUGAGAUGUGCGGAAUGGCCAUUGAUUGGUGAGAAGAAAGAGGCAAUUCAAGGGAUUAGAACUAGAGAUGGAUCGCAUGAUGUUAAUUCUCAUGAAGUCAGUGAGAAGAUAGAAGCAAUUCAAGGGAUUAGAACUAGAGAUGGAUCGCAUGAUGGAACGAACUUCGACUACGUGCAAAAUAAGGCAAAAAUUGAGACUUUGGUGGAGGUUGGCUCUACUAUUUGUCAGUCCCCUGGUAAAGGAAUUGGUGAGCUUCAAGCAGCAGGCACGCCUUUUAAUGUUUUUCCAUAUAUGGAAGAUGCUUGUAUUAAGGAAGAAAAGAAAAGUGUCUGUUUGGCAUAUGGUAGACGAGUUAGAAAACAACUGUCAUUCGAAGAAAAGAGGAGCCCUAGCAAAAAGUUAGCUCCAUCCACACCAGCUGGUGCUAGACCAGCUUCUCUUGGCAUCAUUGAUAUCAGUGACAGUGAAGAUGAGCAAACUAGCCAUAUCGUAUUGCCUCCUCCUAAGGAUGAGGUAAUUGACAAGGUUCACAUCUCAGAUGAUUGCACAUUAGGAUUAUCUAUGGGAAGUGAAAAAGAAAAAAAUUCUGGGAAUAGUUUGAAACAGAUAGAUUAUGACGAGAAUGAUGAAGAAGAUAUGGAUGCUUGCAAAGUAACUCUGACGCCCAAAAGAAAACGAGCUUCUAAUAUUGUUACUAGUGACACUGAGAGUGAUGAGGAUGAUAAUGUUCCGAUUUCUAAACUCAAGCGGAUGCAUCUCCGGCAAAAAGUUCCUGAUGGAGUAGAUUCUGAUUUGAAUGACUGCUCGGUGACUGCUACUUCUACUGUUACUACCCCUCCAAGGCGGCAUCUGAUGACUUUAAGAAAAUCUUUAGAAAAGGGUGGGGCGGAAAGAAACUCUUCAAGUCAGACCCGUAAAACUAAAUAUGAUCGAGGAAUCCCUACAAGUGCGGGUGCUGAAGAUGAUGGUUCAGAAGAGUUUGGGUCAGACAGUGAGGGUGAAAGCUUGGGUGGAUUUAUUGUCGGGAGCUCUGAUAUUUCUGAUGCGGAUGAUGCUUCUAGUGAGUCACAAGAUGUAUCAGAUGAAAAUAUGGCCUUCAAUGAGAUCUUAUCCAAACUUCAACGGAACAAAGAUCAUAAAUUAAAAUGGGAGUUUGAGGCGGACAUGCUUGCAGCAUUUGGAAAGGAUACUGAAUUGUGCAUGACUGCUGUAUGUGCUCUCUAUCGACAGCAAACUUCUGAUGAAAAAUCUAGCAAGGAAGCAUUUUACUCGAAUCACAGAGGUUUUAGCAAGUUUGAUGCUCCAAGGGGCUCUGCUUUGGCUGAGUUUCUCACUGAUGGAGACCCAGGAGGUGAUCUUAAGAAAUCGGUCAUGGAGUUGCAAGAGUAUGACCCCAAGGCAGUGCAGCUGUGCAGAAGAUUGGCAACUCACUACUCUAAGCAAUUGUUUGAGAUCUACAAGAGCAAAGAGGAUCCUCUCUUUCUCCCUUCUUGACAUGACCUGCAACAAAUUGAACACAUAGAUGCUACUAGUCAAAAUCCUCCAUAGAAGUGUAUCCUCGGGAAUGGUGUUUUUACUGGUUUUCCAUUCUCUGUUGGGCCUUCUGGUUGUGCAUGUUUUUUUUUUUUUUUUUUUUUUUUUGUAUAUAUAUGAUAUAAGGAUGUUCAUGCAUGUCUAUCGAAGAACAGGUCACAGGGAUUUAUCCCUACGAACUGGCUUCAUAGGUUGGUUGUAUAUAUCAAGGUAGUAUUAUAUUA